AUGCCUCCUAAAAAGGCAGUCACGGAUUCAGGGAAGAAAGUCAAACUUAACAAAAAUGAAAAGCCAGAGAAUAACCAAAUGAUCGACCCUGCUGGAAGUUUCGGUGGAGGAAAAGUACCAGAAAACGCAGAUGCACAAAUACGAGACACCAAGCCACGGCCAAAAAUGAUGCCCCCAGGGGAACAGCAAUACAUGCCGCACCAGCAGCAAGUUCCUCAAGUUGCACAAUGUGCGAGAGGUGGAGCAGUAGUGGUGGCAAAGUGGGUGCAACGAGCCUUGGACAUGGGUGUUGAUGCGCUACGUGGCGAAUACCGCUCUCUUGCUAAAUACACAUCGCCAGAUAUGACAUGGGAGGCGUUCAAAGCAAACCAAGAGGCUGGAAGGAACAGGUAUCAAGAUGUACCUUGCCAAGACCAACAUCGAAUAGUCCUGAAGUGGCCUGGAGCUCCAACAGACUAUGUCCAUGCAAACUACGUAGGGACCCCGGUGUCUGAAAAAAGAUUCAUUUGCACACAAGUGAGACCUCGCAUUGAUGUCUGA